AUGGAUUCUGUGCUUAAAGCAGGCAGAGCACUUGGCUACGUCAUUCAUACGUCCUACCGCACAUUUUUGGAGGGCCUUUACAGGGAGUUUGAACGGGAUCCCCAGCUAGUAAAACCAGUCGUGAAUGACACAAACAAUUUUGCCCGCCGCGUGCCUUCUGAUGAGGGGUCAGAUGAGUCUGGGGAUGACUCAUCAGAUUUAGACGAGUCAGACGACGACGAAUCGGAAGAUGAAAGUGGUGACGAAACGGACGAGAGCCCUAGAAGCCUCGAGCGAAAGCGAAAAUGCUGCCUGUGUUGCGCGUGUUUUGAAUGCUGCGUAUGCUUCCGCAUACCCUGUAGGUACCCCUUCGACGCUGUGUACCACGCCUUCCAGCGAAAGAUCGAUGGCUGCCCAGUCGCUUGCCCCACUCUGAUACCUCGAAGUGUCGAAGAGGAGUGGCGUUUCAAGGGUGGUUAUGGAGCGAGGUUUGCAAUCUGUGAGUCCUGUUCCUCGCCUGAGUGCAUCGUUUGCCUCAAGUGGUUCGACACGUUGCUCUGUCCAGUGUGCGCUCUUUGGGAGAUAGUCAAAGGCAUCGACUUCGGGUACAGGCGAUUCCGCAUUCAAGCCUACAUCCACAGACAUCACGAAGCAGUCAGAGGCUACAAGACGAUGUGGGUGUAG